AAAUCAAAGAUCCUGUCAAGUUAUCUAGCAAACUUACCAGAGCUCUCUACAGGAAGCUACAGCAUAGCCCUAACACUUGGGUAGCUUACACUACUUCGAGAGUUGGAUCAGCUAGGUUCCCUGAACGGUACCAAGCGUCCUUCCCUGAUUCAGUGACGGUUGCUGGUUUAGAAGUUUCUGAAGGUGAUUCCAUUCUCGAAGUUUCCUCCGGAGCAAGUACUUCUUCGAAGACUCAAUCACAGAAGAUGCCAAUUCAACCUUCCUUCCGUUCCAGGGGUAGAUCGACCAAGGCUGCCAGCUCCUCUAGAGGGAGUGAUAAGAACCAAGGGGGAUCCUUCCUCGACUCUGUGAAGGAGGUUCUUGAUGAAGGAGGCUCUGCCCCUGCUAAAGGUGUCGUCUCUUCGGAACCCAAGGUUCAGGAAGUUGGCCUUCCCUCCGAGGUCCCGAUGACUGAAGCUGAUCCUCAACCUGGAUCGGUUUGGACGAUCCGUGGGGUUUGGCUACUCUGA